AUGGCCAGAAUCUUAGGUGUGUCCACCGAAGAUACGUUUGCAACUGCACUUACACCACCCCUGCACCUUCUCCAACUCGUGGAGGCCAUGUUCACGAAGCAAGUGGGAAAGGACGAUGGACUUGCAUCCAUGAGUUAUAAGAACCAGCCAAGGCCGGGCCUUGCUAUGAACCGCUGCAAAUCAGACCAGGAAAAAGCCUACAAGCUCCUCGACGUACCCAACAAGCCGAUCCCGAGCACUCGAUAUGUCUCGGGCACAGCUUCGUUCUCAACAACAAGUAGGCGCCAUGUCAGCAGCAGCACCCCUCCCUCUCCAGCCGGGAAGUCCCUCCCCUUGCAAGGCAUCACGGUCGUGAGCCUAGAGCACGCAAUCGCUGCGCCCUUCUGCACGAGGCAGCUUGCGGACCUGGGAGCGAGGGUGAUCAAGGUGGAGCGGCCCGGGGUAGGCGACUUUGCGCGGGCAUAUGACGGACGGGUGAACGGGCAGGCGUCGCAUUUUGUCUGGGCGAACCGCUCCAAGGAGAGCCUCGCGCUCGACCUGAAGAAGCCCGGGGACCUGGGCGUCCUCAAGGCGCUGGUGGGCCGCGCGGACGUGCUGGUGCAGAACCUCGCGCCGGGGGCGAGCCGGCGGCUGGGCCUGUCUUGGGACGCGCUCAGGGAGGAGCACCCGGGGCUUAUCGUCUGUGAUAUCAGCGGGUAUGGGUCGGACGGGCCCUACCGGGACAAGAAGGCUUACGACCUCCUCGUGCAGUCCGAGGCGGGCCUGCUGUCGGUGACGGGGACGGAAGACGAGCCUGCCAAGGUUGGGAUCUCUAUCGCUGACAUCUCGGCGGGGAUGUACGCGCUGACGAACAUUCUCGGCGCGGUUAUCGAGAGGGGAAGGACCGGGAAGGGAAAGCGCAUCGACAUAUCGAUGCUGGAGACCAUGGCGGAGUGGAUGAGCUUCCCCCUGUAUUACACCUACCAGGGCCAGCCGCCGCCGAAGAGAGUCGGGGCCGCGCACUCCACGAUAUACCCCUACGGGCCAUUUUCAACCGGCGACGGCGGAUCGGUCAUGUUGGGGCUGCAGAACGAGAGGGAGUGGGCCAAGCUCUGCAGCGACGUGCUCGAGGACGCACAGCUGGCGUCUGACCCGAGGUUCGACUCCAACACGCUCAGGGUCGAGAACCGCGACGAGCUGAGGGAGAUCAUCUACGAGGCCUUCUCGCGGCUGACGGCGCAGGAGCUCCUAGAGAGGCUGGAGCGCGCCGGCAUCGCGAACGCCAAGCUCAACGACAUGCAGGGCGUCUGGGAGCACCCGCAGCUGAGGGCCCGCGGGCGGUGGACCCAGAUCGAGACUCCGGGAGGGCAGGUCCCGGCCCUGAUACCGCCUGGGUUUGGGGCGGUCGAGGACGCCAGGAUGGAUGCUGUGCCUGCUCUGGGUGAGCACAAUGAGAAGAUAUCGGCUGAACUUGGCUUGGAGCAACAGGCUUAG